AUGCCGAGCAUGUGUUUGAGUUUCUGCCUGGUUCUGCUGCUGCCCUGGUGUAUCCAGGGCCAGAGGAGCAGCCCUGCCGGCACCACAUCGGGUGAAGACACACAGACGGACAUACUGGCCGUCAGCAUCCUGAACCGCAGUGGCAUCUUGUACUCGGUGUUUCCGCCUGAGUAUCACCCCAUGCUCCGACAGGUACGCGCACCACGCCCAGCCUCCCAGGUCCCAAAGAGAGCCCAGCAGGGAUCCCGCUUCGCCCUGUCCCUCGACGUUCCCACCAGCAUCCUCAGCGUUCUCAUAGACCUGGCCAAAAAUCAGGACAUGAGAACCAAGGCAGCAGCCAAUGCAGAACUGAUGGCCCGCAUUGGCAAGAGGAAAUAG